ACUCCGGAUGCUUUUAAAAAUAUUCACACAAUUACGUUCUUUGACAGAAUUUUUAUGAGCAUUACUAAACAAGGAUAUGACAAACAAUAUUUAAAACUUAAACAAUAUUUUGAAAAGGAUGGAAUUGUAAAGCAACGUAUUAGAGGGAAGUGGUAUUGCUUAGUAACUGAUCCAGCGAUUGCAAAGGAGCUUUUAUUGAAACCAGAUGUUUAUCCUAAAAUGAGCAUUGAAAAGGUUUUUCCAAAUUCUCUAUUUGCAGAAUACUUUGGAACUAAUGUGUCUUUCUCAAAUGGUGAACUUCAACCUCAAAAUUUUAACUUACUAAUGAUAUUAAUUCUAUUUAGACAUGUUUGCAAUCCUGCAUUUAAAUCUUUACCAUUACAUCUUUUUGCAGAAACUGGAUUGAAAAUGAUUGAUAUUUUAGAAACAAUUGAUAAAAAGCCUAUUGAAAUUAAAAAUUUUAUGCAAAGAUAUACUUUUGAUGUUCUUGGAAAAGUUGCUUUUGGUUUUGACUUUAAUAGCCUUGGAAAUCCAAAUAGUGCUUAUAUAACAACAUUUAAUGAAGCUCAAAAGACAAUAUUUGAUCCAUUAAGUUUGUUAUUUCCAAUUGAUCGUAUUCCAAUAAUAAGACAACAAAGACUUAAAAAAGUUAAUAAAUUAAAUAACAUAUUUAAUGAAAUUAUUAAAGAGAAGUAUAAAGCUUUAGCUGCUAAAAAGUCUCAAGGAGAUCUUUUAGAAAACAUGUUAAAUGCAAAUGAAAAUCUUGAUAAUCAAAUGCUAUCAGAUACUGAAAUAAGAAAUGUUCAAGAAAAAGCUCGAGAAGAAGUAUUAAAAAUACUUGGUAAUGAUUUAAUACCAUCAGCAGAUCAACAUAGAUCUUUAAAAUAUUUAAAUAUGAUUAUUCAUGAAAACCUUAGAUUAUAUCCACCAGCUUCAUCUUUGUUAUUUCGUGAAUUAACUGAAAAUUUAAAAAUUAAAGACUUUGUAAUUCCAGCUGGUACACCUAUUGAACUAUUUUUAUAUGGAAUACAUCAUUCACCAAAACUUUGGGAUAAUCCUGAAGAAUUUUUACCUGAGAGAUUUGAAAAAAAUAAAUAUGCUGAUAGUGAAAAUUAUUCUUGGUUAGCUUUUGGUUCUGGAGCUAGAAU